GAGUCAGCGGCCGGCGAGCGCGGCGCGCCCCUCGGCUCAGCUGUGGAUGGUGACUGCCCCCUCGGAGAGCCCGCGCAGACAUGGCGGAGAGCUGGCUGCGCCUCCCGGGAGUGGGGCCGGCGGAGGAGGCCGCGCCCGAGGGUGGCCCGGAGGAGCCCGACGCCCUGGAUGACAGCCUGACAAGCCUGCAGUGGCUGCAGGAGUUCUCCAUCCUCAGCGCCAAGGCCUCCACCCUGCCCCCGGGGGGCGCCGACCCCCACGGCUACCACCAGGUGCCAGGCUCGGCCGCGCCAGGGUCCCCCCUGGCGGCCGACCCCGCCUGCUUGGGCCCGCCGCACACGCCCGGUAAGCCCACGUCGUCGUGCACGUCACGGAGCGCGCCCCCGGGGCUGCAGGCCCCUCCCCCCGACGACGUGGACUACGCCACCAACCCGCACGUGAAGCCGCCCUACUCCUACGCCACGCUCAUCUGCAUGGCCAUGCAGGCCAGCAAGGCCACCAAGAUCACCCUCUCGGCCAUCUACAAGUGGAUCACGGACAACUUCUGCUACUUCCGCCACGCAGACCCCACCUGGCAGAAUUCCAUCCGCCACAACCUGUCCCUAAACAAAUGCUUCAUCAAAGUGCCCCGGGAGAAGGACGAGCCGGGCAAGGGAGGCUUCUGGCGGAUCGACCCCCAGUACGCCGAGCGGCUGCUGAGCGGGGCCUUCAAGAAGCGCCGGCUCCCCCCAGUCCACAUCCACCCUGCCUUUGCCCGGCAGCCUUCGCAGGAGCCCAGCACUGCGCCCUGGGCUGGGCCGCUGACCGUCAACACCGAGGCCCAGCAACUGCUGCGGGAGUUUGAGGAGGCCACCGGGGAGGCGGGCUGGGCUGGGGGCGAGGGCAGGCCCGGCCACAAGCGCAAGCAGCCGCUGCCCAAGCGGGUGGCCAAGGCCCCGCGGCCGCCCAGCUCCCUGCUGCUGACCCAGGAGGAGCAGGGCCAGCUCGAACCCCUCAAAGGCAACUUUGACUGGGACGCCAUCUUCGACGCAGGCCCCCUGGGCGAGGAGCUGGGCUCCUUGGAGGGCCUGGACCUGAGCCCGCCGCUGAGCCCUGCCUCGCACAGCGACGUGGACCUCACCAUCCACGGCCGCCACAUCGACUGCCCUGCUAGCUGGGGGCCCCUGGCGGAGCAGGCUGCCGACAGCGUGGACUUUGAUGAGACCUUCCUGGCCACCUCCUUCCUGCAGCACCCCUGGGACGAGGGCGGCAGUGGCUGUCUGCCCCCGGAGCCCCUCUUUGAAGCUGGGGACGCCACCCUGGCCGCCGACCUGCAGGACUGGACCAGCGUGGGCGCCUUCUUGUAAGAGGCCAGGCCCCGCCCCACCUCCAGACAGUUCCCACGUCAGGGCCCAGAACUGCCCCCCCAACGCAGGCCCAAGGACACCCCACCGCCCAGGCAGGGGCUGCGCCGGGCCUCCCAAGGCCGACGCCAAGAAGCUGCACUGCCCCAG